CACUUACUCUUUGACGACGUCAACACAACGUAACACCGGAUAGGCUACGAACCCGGAAACAGUGACGUUUUCAACGCUAGCUGCUUGUGUACUUGUGUAUCAGGAAGAAUGACAUUUUCCAAUUCAUUAUUUUGAACAAAAAAAACCUUAUUAAGAGCAGACAGCUAAGCUACACGAAUAUCAGUCACUUUGGAGCAAGAAGUUAACGUUUUUAGCUGGCCGGUGGACAGUAUGGACGGAGAGGCGGACGGCUUGGUGGACGAAGCCGGCAGGAAGCGCAGGGUGCACGGCAUGCUGAAGCUCUACUACGGGAUGAAUGAGGAAGGAAAGGUCCCGGAGCUGCCGGAGUCCCUGGAUCCCUGCGACAUUAACGGGCCGCAUUUUGACCCCGAGGUUUUCCUCAACAAGCUCAGAAGGGAGUGCUCUCUUGCGGAGUUGAUGGACCAGGAGACCUGCAUGGUCAAGCAGAUCCGCUCUUUGGACAGCGACAUGCAGACGCUGGUGUAUGAAAACUACAACAAGUUCAUAUCUGCUACAGACACCAUAAGAAAGAUGAAGAACGAUUUCAAAAAGAUGGAGGAUGAAAUGGAUUGCCUGUCUGCCAACAUGGCUGCGAUCACUGAGUUCAGUGCUCGUAUCAGUGGCACUCUUCAAGACCAGCACGCACAGAUUACAAAACUCUCAGGGGUUCACACUCUGUUGAGGAAGCUGCAGUUUCUGUUUGAACUGCCCGCCAGAUUAAAUAAGUGUCUGGAACUGCAGGCCUAUGCUCAGGCGGUGAGAUCCCACCGCCGCGCCCGCUGUGUGCUGCAGCAGUACAGUCACUUGCCAUCCUUCAAGGGGAUCCAGGACGACUGUCACGCCAUCAUGGACAACCUGGCGCAGGAGCUUCGACAGAAGUUCAGGGAUGGUGGGUCAAGCGCUAAAGAUUUAUCAGAGUGUGUGGAGCUGCUGCUACAGUUGGAUGAGCCAGCGGAGGAGCUGUGUGAUAAAUUCCUGAGCCAUGCGCGCUCUCGGCUCGAGUCGGACCUCCAGGGUCUGGAAGCAGAGAUAAGACCGUACCCGUCUGCCUCAAUCGUGAAAGAUGCUCCUGCACGCAAGUUGUCGUCUGCUGCUGCGGCCCCUGGAUCUCCGACUGUUAGCUCCCCCAAAACGAGCGCUCUCCCUUCUCCUACCUCAAACACUGACAUCCUGGAAUUCAUCGACAGAGGCUGCAAUGAAUUUGUCAGCAGCUUAUGUUUAGUAAUAGCAUCCUAUCAAGAACUAUUUAUCAACCAUGCUCAGACAGGUGAGCUCGCAUCCAAAAAUAUCCCUCAGAUGGCAAAUGGUAAGCUGCACGCCUUUGUGGAUGAUCUGGCCGCUCGGUAUUUCUCGCUGGUGGAGCGGAGGAUACAAGAGGAGAAAGGGGUCGGAGAUAACUCCCUCCUGGUCCGCGCGCUCGACCGCUUCCACCGCAGACUUCAGGCUGUGGCCAAACUGCUGCCGGGCUCCGCCGUGCCAAACCAGGGGACAGCGAUUGUGGUACGGGCAGCGACGGAGCGAGUCAAGCAGUACCUCUCCGCCCUGCAGAGCUUCUACAUGGACAGCCUGACAGACGUGAGGCAGGCCCUAGCGACACCUCGGCUCUCUGUGGCCAGUGCUUCAGUGGCUGGAGGCGGAGGUCUUCUAGGGGGACCGGUAUCCGGCAGGGAUCCGACCAGCCUGCCAGAGCUGCUCUCCUCCCUGUCCGCCUCGAUUCUCAAUCAAAUCAAGUCAGUGUUGGCAUCAGUGCAUCUCUUCACAGCUAAAGACAUCACAUUCUCCAACAAGCCGUACUUCAAGGGUGAGUUCUGCAGCCAGGGUGUACGUGAGAGCCUGGUGGUGAGCUUUAUAAAGUUUGUGUGCCAGUCUUCUCGCCAGUUUUGCGAGAGCGCAGGAGACAAGGGGGGUUCGACUCCUCCGGCUCUUCUGCUGCUGCUGUCUCGCCUCUGCUUGGACUACGAGACCUCUACUAUCUCCUACAUACUCACUCUCACAGAUGAACAGUUCCUUGUGCAGCAUCACAGUCCCGUAACACCCGUCACAACUUUAUGUGCAGAAGCCAGGGAGGCAGCACAGAAACUGCUGAACCAUUAUGUAAAGGUUCAGGGCCUGAUUAUCUCUCAAAUGUUAAGAAAAAGCGUCGAAACACGAGACUGGGUCAACACCAUCGAGCCACGUAAUGUCCGCGCUGUGAUGAAGAGAGUAGUAGAGGACACCACCUCCAUUGAUGUGCAGGUUGGUCUGUUAUACGAAGAAGGUGUGAGGAAAGCACACAGCAGUGACUCCAGCAAAAGGACUUUCUCUGUGUACAGCAACUCGAGGCAGCAGACCCGCUAUGCUGCCAGCUAUACUCCGAGUGCUCCCAUGGAUACUAAUCUACUGAGCAACAUACACAAGCUGUUUUCAGAGAGGAUCGACAUCUUCAGCUCAGUAGAGUUCAACAAGGUCUCCGUGAUGACGGGAAUUAUCAAAAUCAGUUUAAAGACAUUCCUGGAGUGCGUCCGCCUGCGCACCUUUGGCCGUUACGGGCUGCAGCAGAUCCAGGUGGACUGCCACUACCUGCAGAUGUACCUGUGGCGGUUCGUCUCCGACGAGAACCUUGUGCACUUCCUGCUGGAUGAGAUAGUGGGGAGCUCCGCCCACCGGUGCCUGGAUCCCGCCCCGAUGGAGCAGAGCGUGAUCGAAGUGAUCUGUGAACGGGGUUAAAGCUCAAAGUGCGGCAUGGCCAGCUAAGUCUUCUCCAAACACCAGGUCACAAAUACAGACAGAAUAACAAUACACACUGGAAUUUAUACUCUCUCUGUUACAUAAUAACUGUUAAAUGUUAAAUUUAUUAAUCCAGAUUCAAACUAUACUGUAAAAUGGGGUAGGGGUAGCACUUUCACUGCUGUAAGAAUAGCUGUAAAUCUUCCAACACUAAUCAAACAACAUUUGGCGAUUAUGUUGUCAAGAAGAUUAAAUCAGACAGAUCAAUAUUUCAUUCCAGGCACUUGCCUUAUAAAGUGCACAUGAGCCUUGACUACUUGGGUUUAAUAUUACAACAGUGAUUACAAACCAUAGAAUAUGAGAAGAGAAACCCCUCUCAUCUCCUAUAUUGGCAAAGAUAAAAAUAAAUGAAUUACCCAUGAUGUAAGCGAAACUUUUUAUCACAUGUUCCCCUUGAAGGAAACGUGUUUAAAACACGUUUUGAAUACAGAAUAUGAAUGAUUAAAGACAAAAGCUGUGUCCUGUGGAAAUCUCCUGUAUUAAUAAAUUAUUUUAGGGGUAAUUUUGCUGAAUAAUUUGCAAUCUGAAUGUCAUCUGAUUAUGUAAUCUACAGUAUGUCUUAACACUAAAGUAACCACAUCAGAUUUACUGUAACUCUUGACUUCAGGUUAGUCGAUUAUCUUGUUUUCUGUGCAUGCCUUCCACAGAUAAACAGGAUUGGUUUAAAUGUGUACGUCUACAAUAAAAGUGUAUGAAUGUGUGAGAUUCAAAA